GCCGAUAAGAUACGGCCCAACUAUAAGCUAACCUACACUCUGGCGGGCCAUACGAAGGCCGUGUCGUCCAUUAAGUUCAGUCCGAACGGCGAAUGGUUGGCCUCGUGUUCGGCCGAUAAGAUCGUGAAACUGUGGGGCGCUUACGACGGCAAGUUCGAGAAGACCAUCGCCGGCCAUAAGCUCGGCAUUAGUGACAUCUCCUGGAGCUCUGACUCGCGACUACUGGUCUCCGCUUCCGACGACAAGACGCUGAAGAUCUGGGAGUGCGCUACUGGCAAAGGCCUGAAGACACUGAAGGGUCACUCAAACUAUGUGUUUUGCUACGGCACAUUAGUGGCCAGCAGUUCGUACGACGGGUUGUGCCGUAUUUGGGACACGGCUUCGGGUCAGUGUCUGAAGACAUUGAUCGACGACGACAACCCUCCCGUCUCUUUUGUCAAAUUCUCGCCGAAUGGCAAAUAUAUUUUGGCCGCAACUCUGGACAACACUCUCAAGCUUUGGGAUUAUAGCAAAGGAAAGUGUCUGAAGACAUACACCGGACAUAAGAAUGAAAAAUAUUGCAUUUUUGCCAACUUUUCGGUCACCGGCGGAAAGUGGAUCGUUUCGGGAUCUGAAGACAAUUUGGUCUACAUUUGGAAUCUGCAGACCAAAGAGAUUGUACAGAAGCUGAGCGGACACACAGAUGUUGUCCUCUGCACUGCGUGUCACCCGACGGAGAAUAUCAUCGCAUCGGCCGCUCUCGAGAACGACAAGACCAUUAAGAUGUGGAAAAGUGACACUUAAUUCAGUCGCUGGAAAGCAUUAUUAUCUUCUUCCUCUUCAAUACCAUUUCAUAGCAUUCUUACCAUAAAAGAGAUCACGGAUUCAAUUCUCUCAUUUCCUUUCUAUUAAUACUAUUUUGUAAUUUAAUUUAUAAAUAAUUCGCGAAAUAAUGUAAACCCUUUUCAUCUCUUUUUACAAUUUAAUAAUCAAAC